GGCUUCACCAGCAGGACCGGGACAGAGCGGAACCUUCGUUCCGGUGGGGUUUUCUCGUCGACUACUUCACAGCGGUGCACCCCGGAAGAGGAAGUGGCGCCAGGCAGGACCAGCAGGGCAGUCUCCCCCCUCCUCCCCCAGAAUUCACCCGGACGGUCUCUGCGCCCCUCGGCGCGGCUGCAGUCGCUCGGAUAUGCGUGUCAGCGGAGACGAACUUGGGCUGGGUUCGGCUCAGGAGACGUAGCAGGAAUGUUCUGGAGGAUCGCUGGCGCUGCAGGACUCGUGCAGAGGAAUGGCUAAAGAGCAGAGCAGGGCAGAAACCUACGUCCUGGCGGGGUCAAACGGUCAUGGUCACCAGCAGGGGCAGACUGGCGUGAAUCACUCCGCUCCACCCCCCCCUGCUGACCCCCACCUCACGUCGAGGAUGUCCCGUGUGGCCUCAGACGUCAGGCAGAAGUGUGCGGCCUACGUGCUGGCGCUGAGACCGUGGAGCUUCAGCGCCUCGCUCACGCCGGUGGCCCUCGGCAGCGCCUUGGCGUACAAGCUGGAUGGUUCUGUGGACCUGGUGGUUCUGAUGGUGUGCGCCGUGACUGUCCUUGUCGUCCACGGGGCAGGAAACCUCGUGAACACCUACUACGACUUCUCCAAAGGCAUCGACCACAAGAAGAGCGAUGACAGAACUCUAGUGGAUGAGAUUCUGGCCCCCCAGGACGUGGUCAUGUUUGGGGCUUUGCUGUACUCGUUGGGGUGUUUGUGCGUCACGCUGCUCUACUUCCUGUCCACGCUCAGACUGGAGCACCUCGCUCUCAUCUACUUUGGAGGACUUUCCAGCUCUUUUUUGUAUACAGGAGGCAUCGGUCUGAAGUACGUGGCCCUGGGGGACGUGGUCAUCCUCAUCACCUUUGGGCCUCUGGCGGUGAUGUUUGCCCACGCCGUGCAGGUGGGCUACCUGUCGGUGCUGCCGCUGGUGUACGCGGUGCCGCUGGCGCUCAACACGGAGGCCAUCCUUCACAGCAACAACACCAGAGACAUGGACUCUGACAAGCAGGCGGGCAUCGUCACCUUGGCCAUCCUGAUCGGCCCCACGCUGUCCUACGUCCUGUUCAACCUGCUGAUCUUCGUCCCCUACGUGCUGUUCUGCAUCCUGGCCACCCGCUACACCAUCAGCAUGGCGCUGCCCCUCCUCACGCUGCCCAUGGCCUUCCCCCUGGAGAGGCAGUUCAGAAGUCGCUGCUACGCCAAGAUCCCGCAGAAGACCACGAAGCUCAACCUCCUGAUGGGGCUCUUCUACGUUUUUGGGAUCAUUUUGGCCCCUCCCAGGAGCUUGCCGUUGCUGUGAUUCCCUCAGAUUGACUUGUCCGGACCGCGUUGUGUGUCUUUCUGCACCGCGGUCCCACAGCUCUGCUGGCGUGGCAGGUUUCUGUAGUUCAGCAGACCUGAGCUCAGGAUGAGGCGUGAAGUCCUCUGCAGCGUGUCGGUGGGAACAUCCAUGGACGGUGCACGAUCAUGCAUCCAAAUGUAGAACAUCCUCCGUUGUUCUGCCUGUUUGGUACGAGGAAUGACUUUGAUUUGUGCACUAAACACGUUUUGUUGUUGUGCUGAAACUCCUCCAUGUUGGUUUGCCAUAUGUUCUUACCAGAGAACCAAGAUUUCCUUUGUCAGUGUUUAGAGCUUUGAAGCUGCAGGAUUUACAGAGUUUAGUUACUCUUGGAUAAUUAUUCUAAAGGGAAACGUCCCAGCGUCUCAGUCUUCUGGCUUCAUUGUUCGUGUUAAGAUUAAAAUCAUUUUUUAUGUGCAGGAGAAAUUGGGCUGAAGGAGCGUGAACGUCUGAAGUUUCCAAACAGAGGAGUUUCUUUGUGGAACUAAAAGUUCUUUUCCAUCUUUGACAUAUUAGUCUGAAGGGACUCGAGGCCCGGCUCUGUUCCAGAACUCUAAUGAACUGAAGUGUCGAGCAGAAGACAGCUGAGUGAGUCAGAAGGGGGCGCUGUGGGACGCUGAUAACCCCCAACCCAUUUAGUUGGUUCUCUUUUAUUUACUUAUUAAACUGCUGGCUCUGUUAUCCAUAAACUGUGUUUGUAUUUGUCAAAUAUUUGCCAUUAAAUGUCCUCCAUUCACUUUUUAAAGAAAACCAUGUGGCAUUCAAGUGUUAGUUUGUUUUAGGAAGCUUCUCUGAAAAUAAACCAUGACGAUCUUGGA